CAUAUAAAAACGCCUUGGCGGCAAUGUCAAAACGAAACCAGAAGCCCAACGAGUCGUCGUCAGCGAAGCGAGAAUGGGAGUACAGGGUCUAUGGGAACUACUGGCACCCGUGGGUCGCCGCGUCUCCGUCGAAACCCUAGCCGGAAAGAAGCUGGCCAUCGAUGCCAGCAUAUGGAUGGUGCAGUUCAUGAAGGCCAUGAGGGACGAAAAGGGAGAGAUGGUUCGCAACGCUCAUUUGCUCGGCUUUUUCCGCCGGAUUUGCAAACUACUGUAUCUGCGGACCAAACCCGUCUUCGUUUUCGAUGGCGGAACACCUGCUCUCAAGCGCCGGACCGUGAUUGCUCGCCGGAGACAGCGUGAGAAUGCCCAGGCCAAGGUCCGAAAGACUGCUGAGAAAUUGCUUCUCAAUCAUCUUAAGGCAAUGAAGCUGAAAGAACUAGCUGAGGAUAUCAAAAACCAGAGGCAGAAAAUGAACGACGCUAAGGGUAAGAAGGUAUUGGGAGAACAGACCAAUAUGGUGGAGGAUAAUUCAGGAAAAAAUGAUGUGGCCUCCAGGGAAUGUAAUCAGGAAAAGCUAGAUGAAAUGUUGGCAGCAUCUAUUGCAGCAGAGGAAGAUGGGACUUUAACUAAUAAUGCAACAAUGUCUACUGCUGGCAAUUUUUGUGAGGAUCAUGAUGAGGAAGAUGAGGAGAUGAUACUGUCAGAUCUGCAUGGUGAAAUUGAUCCUGCUGUAUUAGCUGCUUUAAAUCCAUCAAUGCAACUUGAUAUUCUUAGACAGAAACAGAAGCAGGAUAAUGAUGUUAAGGGUAAGAAGGUCGUGUCAGAUCAAGACGAUGUGGUCUCAUGGAAUAGCACUCAGGACAAAAUAGAUGAAAUGUUAGCAGCAUCUAUCAUGGCAGAAGAAGAUAGGAAUCUAAGGAUGCCAUCAACAUCUGCUGCCGCUCAUGUUGAGGAGGUUGGUGACAUAGAAGAGGAUGAAGAUGGAGAUGAAGAGAUGAUACUGGAAACAAUGCAUGGUGACGUUGAUCCUGCUGUAUUAGCUUCUUUGCCUCCAUCAAUGCAACUUGAUCUUCUUGUUCAAAUGAGAGAGAGAUUGAUGGCAGAAAACAGACAAAAGUACCAAAAAGUCAAGAAGGACCCUACACAAUUCUCUGAGCUACAAAUACAGGCUUAUCUCAAAACUGUUGCUUUCCGUCGGGAGAUAGAUCAAGCACAGAAGGCUGCUUCUGGAAGAGGAGUAGGUGGUGUACAGACUUCACGAAUAGCAUCUGAAGCCAACAGGGAAUUUAUCUUCUCGUCAUCAUUUAGUGGCGACAAAGAAGCACUGACAGCUGGCAGAGCUGAGACAUCUGGAGAUAAGCAACAACCAUCUUCUGAACAUCUUUCAACUUUAUUGAAUACCAUUACAUCUACCAGUAACUUGAACACUGUGACUGGAUCAAACUCUGAUGAAUCAAGUAGGGUUUUUGAUGACAAUAUUGAAACAUAUUUUGAUGAGAGGGGGCGGGUUCGUAUCAGCAGACUGAGAGCAAUGGGUUUCCGGAUGACCCGUGAUUUACAGAGGAACUUGGAUUUGAUGAAAGAGGUUGAGCAAGAGAAAACAAGUGCAAACAAGAUGGAGUCUGUGAUAAAUGGAAGUAAUAGUGCUGUCCAAAUAACUUCAUCUUGUAAACACAAUUUAGUAACAAUUUCACCAAAUGGUGCUGCUGAAUCUGUUAAAGUGAAUGAGAAAAAUGAGGAUUUUACAUUGAAAAGUGGAACUUCUAUAGAGAUUUCUUUUGAAGACGAUGGUGAUAGCAGGGGUUUGGAUGGUGAUGAUGACAUCUUUGCUAGUUUAGUGGCCGGAAAUCCUAUAAAAGUUUGUUCUGAUGAUAAUGCUCCAUCAAGAGUACUGCAAUCUACUUCUGAUUCAGACUGUGAAUGGGAGGAAGGUACAAUUGGAGAAACAGGCAAUAAUUUUUCUAAUGAUGUUAACUUGAAUAUUGAGCCCCUUUCUGGUGAAGGCAACAUUAGUGAUGAUGGUGGAGUGGAAUGGGAGGAAGGAAUUUGUGAAGUUAAUAAAAGCACUUUAUGUUGCCCAGCUGAGUCACGACCAGAAAUUUCCAAAGGUCUUUUGGAAGAAGAGGCUGAUUUGCAGGAGGCUAUAAAGAGAAGCCUAGAGGAUUUAGGAGACAAGAAGUCUAAUUAUGCAUUGGGUGAAGAUGAGAAAUUAAAUAUUUCUGCAGGAAAGGCUUAUGAAGAUAAUGAGUUUCUUGAUCAAGAAAAUGAGAAAGACGAGCCAACUUCACCGGGAAAGAUUGAUACACGACUAAGUAAAUCAACUUUUAAAAUUGUUGAUGGAGUUAAAAAGAUGGAUGAUCUGGGUGGAAUCAGUAUCUCACAAACCAUCGAUUCUUCUGGGAAGCUGUUGAAGUCAUCUGUACCAUAUAUUCCCAAUGUUGAGAGGAUACUGAUUGGCACACCACAUGAAGGAUACUUGGGUCCUUCAGAACCCAUUGGAUAUGCAAGUGAAAAAACCAGUUUGUGUGAAGAAACACCCCAUGCAGAAACUGUUGCACCUUUGAAAACAAAGGAGUUCAAAGUGGUUGCAGAACAUGUGGAUGCCUGCAACAAGGGAAGUGGCUUGUCUACCUUCUCUAAUAUGAAUGCAAAAAAUAAUUCCCAUACUUCUGAUAUAUCAACUGGUGAAAUUACUGAUGCCGCUCAGGUGAUUGAUCAGAAAACUGGUUGUGAAGCUGAAACAUCCCAUCAUUUAGUUGAAAUAUCUAAUCCAGCUGUUCCUUUGGUGGGAACACUGACAGAUGAAUUGAUAUUGGAUAUUGACACGGAACAAAAAUUGGAUGCACAGAAAAGUGAUGAAAGUUUUUCCCAGGGAAGUGACCACAACUUGGAAAAGUCUCCAAUUAGGGGCAAUGAGAAUGUGCAGUUUGAAGACCUGGAGGAUAAUUUGGAGGAGGAAAUGCAUAUUUUGAGUGAAGAACGUAUGAACUUGGGAGAUGAGCAAAGAAGGCUUGAACGCAAUGCUGAAUCUGUUAGUAGCGAGAUGUUCACAGAAUGUCAGGAGCUUCUGCAAAUGUUUGGCUUACCAUAUAUAAUUGCUCCGAUGGAAGCUGAAGCUCAGUGUGCUUAUAUGGAAAUUGCAAACCUUGUUGAUGGUGUUGUGACAGAUGACUCGGAUGUGUUCUUAUUUGGAGCGCAGAGUGUUUACAAGAACAUAUUUGAUGAUCGCAAAUAUGUGGAAACAUACUUCAUGAAGGACAUUGAGAAAGAGCUUGGCCUGACCAGAAAACAAUUAGUUCGCAUGGCACUUCUUCUUGGAAGUGAUUAUACUGAAGGGGUUAGUGGGAUCGGCAUUGUUAAUGCUAUUGAGGUAGUAAAUGCAUUUCCUGAGGAAGAUGGCCUCCAACAAUUCCGUGACUGGAUUGAAUCACCGGAUCCCACCAUCUUAGGGAAGUUUGAAGUACAUACUGGACCAACUGCCAAAAGAAAUGAAUUGAAAGUUAGUGAUAAUGAGAAUUUCUCAAAAAGCAACACAGAAGAAUUGCCUGCAUCUCAUGAGAACAAUUCCCAAGCUCAAGAACAGAAUCAGGCUGCUGAUUAUAUUCGAGAAAAGAAGCAAAUUUUCAUGGAUAAACAUAGAAAGGUGAGCAAGAACUGGCAUAUUCCGCCUUCUUUUCCCAGUGAAGCAGUUGUUAAUGCUUAUGCUUGUCCACAAGUGGACAAAUCAACUGAACCUUUUAUAUGGGGAAAGCCAGACCAUUUUGUUCUUCGCAAAUUGUGUUGGGAAAAGUUCGGCUGGGGCAACCAGAAGGCAGAUGAAUUGUUGAUACCUGUUUUAAAGGAGUACAACAAACAUGAGACUCAACUGCGUUUGGAGGCAUUUUACACAUUUAAUGAAAGAUUUGCAAAAAUUCGUAGCAAGAGAAUUAAGAAAGCUGUCAAAGGAAUCACUGGAGACCAAUCCUCAGAGUUAAUGGGUGAGGCUGCGCAAGACAUUUCUAGAAGUAGAAAGAAAAGAUCAAGGCCUAAAGAAACUGGGAAUGACCAAAAGGAAAAGCUGUCUGAGGGGACAGAGGAAAGUGUUUUCACAUAUCAGAGUAACCUAGGGAAUAGAACUACUCCCAAGCAGUCGAGGAAAAGGAAGGUACCUGGGGAAGGGGUUUUGUCCGAGCCACAAAUUAUCUCAAAAGGCAAACAACGCACUGAUAAAAGAUCACAUGCGAAUAAAAGAGGUAGAGGAAGAGGGAGAGGCAGGGUAAUGGGAAGAGGAAAGGGAAAAGGGAGUCUUAGUUUUGAAGCAUCUGAAACCAGCUCCAGCGCCACUGACUGUGAUGAUGAUGAUGAUGCUCGGGAAGUUCAUAUGGAGACGUCAGAACAAGAAGUGCGUAAGUCAACCAGAGCACGCAAGCCUGUAGAUUACAAAGAUAUUGAUGAUCAGGAUGGCUUAAAUGAAGAGGUAGGAGAGGAAGAAUUGUCUGUAGCUGGACAUAGAGAUGAUGGUUCUAGUCUUGCUGAGAAUGAGGAGCAUAAUUCUGGAAAUCCUUGUAUUGGGGAGGAAUCCUGUAGAGAUUACCUUGAAACAGGAGGCGGGUUCUGUCCAGAUGAAGGUGAAAACCGUCAACCUGAUGUAAGCCAGCACGAUGCUCCUCCUUCAUCCGAGGCAGGGCUUCCUGAAGACUACCUUAAAACUGGAGGUGGUUUUUGCAUGGACGAAGAUGGGAUUGCUGUUGGCCAAGAUGAAGCUUGUGCGGCUGAAGCUACUGUCUCAGAGAGUGCAGACCUUUCUCAUUGCUCUGAUCCAGGGAGUGUAGAUGCACAUGUUUCUGAGCUGAGUAGGGAUCAUAUGAACGCCACAAUCAAUGAUGAUCAGUCCAAAUUGGGUGCUGAGACGACUCCUGUCGUGUCUCUAAGUGCCAUGCCUCUUCUGAAAAGAAAACGAAGGAAGAGCUGAUAUCCGAUUGCAUUUCAAUGUGGUCAACAAUUCUUGCACAUAGAAAACUGUGUUUAUGUAUAUAUGCGAUAUAAAUAGAAGGAGAAGAUUGAAGGGGCAAAAAAAAAUGUGAAAAUUAUAUAACCAUAUAUGAUAAAAGAAAAAACCUUUGCUUGCACUCCAA